AUGGACGUUGCCGAGGCUGAGGAGGCAGCCCGGGGAAUCGACGAGGCAAAAAAGCAGGCGGAUGCUGCGGCGGACCACCAGGCAGCAGGCGACUCGUCUGGGUCGAAGGCCAAGCAGCCGGAAACGCAAGCUCUCUCAGAGGCUACAAGUGGCGACGCUCGCAAGGGCGUCACACCAACGCUUCAAAGAGCAGCGGGCGACUCGACUGGGACAUCCGAGGCGACAGUAAAGACCACGACGAGCCCACCACCACCCAAGGGCGGCGAGCUUAAAAGUGCCAACGAGUUGCCGCCCGAGAAGAGCGGCGUCCCCACAACGACCAGUGCCACCGCGGCCUCGAAGCGGCCCCACCCUCAGGCGAGCAACGACGGUGCUGAAGCAACAGCGCCUGGAGUCGACGAACCCCCCGCAAAGACUGCUCAGGGACGGCGGCCGUCUCUUCGGCCGCGCCCGAACGUUACGGCCGAUAAGCGUGCCGGCAACGUGGAGCCCGUAGGGCAAGUCCCGACAGUGCCGCCGGACGGAACCGCCGGCAAUGGCGCCGUCUAG